AUGCAUAUAGGAAAGCGCAUCGCGCUCCCCACCCGUGUUGAACCCAAAGUCUUCUUCGCCAAUGAACGCACCUUCCUCUCCUGGCUCAACUUCACCGUGAUCCUCGGCGGUCUUGCUGUCGGCCUCCUCAACUUCGGCGACGCCGUCGGUCGUAUCUCCGCUGGUUUGUUUACGCUGGUGGCCAUGGGCGCCAUGAUCUACGCGCUGGUGACCUUUCAUUGGAGGGCCAAGAGUAUCAGACAGAGGGGCCAGGGCGGGUUUGAUGAUCGGUACGGGCCCAGUGUGUUGGCAGUUGCGUUGCUAGGGGCGGUGAUUGUCAACUUUGUGUUGAGAGUCACGAAUGUUGGGAAUACAAAGGAGAAGAGCUGA